AUGCAGAAGACGCGGUGUGAUGAUCAGCAGCCUGCUUGUGGUAGCUGUGCCCGUGUAGGUCGCAGCUGCAUCCGUCCCGGAGCCCUUAACACGGCUGGAGGACUAAGCCACUUGAAUCAAGUUGAAAAUCGUCUUCGCUGGCUUGAAGAGGCCCUUCGGCAAGUGGCCCCUGAGAAGCUCAGCGAAGCUCCUCCUAUCACCGCCCAGCCUAUCGAUCUCAAUCAUCAAUAUCCUCCGGCGAGCACCCCAAUACAUACAAUCACUUCUUCCCAUUCACAAAUCCAGCCCCAAGAUCCCGGACUAUCGAAUAAUAAUGUCGACCCACUUCUCCAGAACAGCUAUGACUCUGGCUUCGAUGGUAAUACAGCGAGCCCAGCUCCAUCAACACAAAUCAAACCCAAUGAGCCUCUAGCACAUGAAGUUGGCCUUCUAUCACUUGCCAACUCGAAAGAGUCUAAGUACCUUGGCCCGUCCUCCGGCGUUCCUUUUGCACGGUUGAUCUUUUCAGCUAUCCCUCAGUCACAAGGUCUAGCAACAUGCUGGGCUACGCCUCCUUCAACGAAUGCACAAGGAAACUAUGACGAUGACGCACAACCGUUCCCCUCCGAUUGGACUUCCGAAGCCGACUUGCAACAUUUUGUGGACGCCUACUUCGAGACAUACCAACCGAUAUACCCGUUCCUUGACGAGGACGCAGUACACGAGUGGUUGCAGAAUAUCUUUUCGCUAGAUAGCGCGCAGGGGAUGCCUAGGCUGGUUGAUAUGGAGGCUUGUCUGUCACCAAUUGCAUCUGUACAGAUAUUCCUCAUCAUUGCCCUUGGUUCACGGACACUGGAAUCUCGAUUAUCAACGGAUUUCCUGUCUGGGAGGUACCUAGCUACCGCCAUGUCUCGCUUAGACAGCCUUGCUCUGCACGACAGUAUCGAGGGACUUCAGAUCAUGCUGCUGUUGACAUUAUGCAGCUUCAAUUUCGUUAAUGGGCCCAACGCGUGGUUCUUGACUGCGAACUUGAUUGCAAGCUGUCUUGAUCUUGGUUUUCAGAGAAAAUGGUUAGAAGAGCCACAAGACAUUGGCCUCCAGCAGAAGCGACAACUGGAAACGAAACGAACGCUUAGGAGUGGUAUCUUCUGGUCAACAUACUCCAUCGAGCGGACACUAGCAGUUGUUCUGGGUCGACCGCUAACACUGAGGGAUGAAGCGAUCGAUGUGCCCUUCCCGGGAGGCGAGGAGUCUCUACCGUCUUCGAACGGACGGACAGAGGUCCCAGACGGGCCAACGAGCCCGAAGCGUGCCAGACUAUCGGUUCCUUCAUAUGUCGUGUCCCACUAUUCUUUAACAUUUGACCGCGUGGUUGCAGAGAUCAAGUUGACAUUGUAUCGCGUCAUCAGCCUCCCUGAUCGAUUUCCCUGGCCUACUGACAUUCCCAAGUGGCAGCUAACAGUGCAUGAGCACUGCGACAAGUUAUAUGCUGAGUCAAUUCAGCAGCUCAGGCACAAGUCUCGUCGGAGUACAACUGAUUUCCCCACCCGCAGCCUGGAACUCAAAUAUCACCAGUGCUUGAUGCUUCUUCAUCGGCCAUCGCCUGCAGUAGCUCAGCCCACAUUGGAUUCCUGGAGGACAUGUUAUCACAGUGCUGUGAAGACCAUCCUAAUCUCUGCAGAGCUCCAGCGAUUCCGCAAACUCAACAACAGCUGGCUCACCGCACACCAGAUCUUCGUAAGCGGCAUUACGUUCCUCUACUGCCUAUGGAUCAAUCCAAGUCUCCUACGAGAAGUCGGCAUAGAGACAACCACAAGCAACGCCGGGGAGUGCUCCUCGCUCCUGCGGCAUCUGGGGAAGACGUGGAGCGUGGCCGCGGACUCCCUCGACAAAUUUGACAAGCUCGUAGCCACCAGCAUGGCCUUUUGGCGCAGCCGGGUGGAGAAGCAGGCGACUGAAGUACAGGCUGGCCAUUCACUGAUGAUGAUGCACCAGUCGGAGUGGAGGGCGAAUGAGGACGGCACGCGCGUGGCUAACGCUGAUACAAACGGGUUCUUCCCACCUGAGAACCAGUUUGAUAACCCGAAUGAAUUCAACAAUGUGGACUUUAGUUCGUUUUAUAUGGAGUUGGGGGAUAUGAGUUCGUGGUUUGAUUUGGGAUGGAUUGAUCAAGCAAAUUAUCCAACCUUUGGCGAUCUGUAA